GCUUGACUUGAUCAGCCACAGCUGCGGAUACUCAAGUCUUCUGAUCAGUUGUCUCGGGUUUAAAGAGAGGCUGGCUUUGGGGAAACACUGGGAGGAUCAAGUUUAGCAGGAAUUUAAAUACACUUCCAGCUGCGGUGGAGUCUCAGAGGAGGAGUUGUGUUUGGAAACAACAUGUGUUGAAUGAAAGUGGACAGAGAGGAGAAAUAAUGGAGCUGGUACUCAACGCUGCGUCUGCUGUCGGCGGCCUCAUCGCUGGUUUCACAAACUACAUCACUGAUCUGUUUCUGACUCCACCGCUCACAGCCACCCUCAGGUACCUGGAGGACACCGAUCUGAAAAUGCUGGCAGGAGAAAAACAGACCGUGAAAGCUAAAAGUCUGUGGCAGAGCUCUGGAGCUGUCAUCAUGGCGGUGAGGAGACCUGGAUGAUUUCUGUGCAGAGAGGAGGCUGCAGAGCUUUCCUCUCUGAAACCCCAGCUGGACGAGCUCGGGGUCCCUCUGUACGCCGUGGUGAAGGAGGACGUCGGCACCGAGGUCCAGAACUUCCGCCCGUACUUCAAGGGGGAGAUCCUCUUGGAUGAGAAGAGACGUUUUUAUGGACCCCGUGAGCGGAAGAUGGGUCUGCUGGGGUUCCUGCGUGUCGGGGUGUGGAUGAGCGGCCUGAGGGCCUUCAGGAACGGAUUCAUGGGAAAUGUGUUUGGAGAGGGCUUCGUCCUCGGCGGGGUCUUCGUCAUUGGACAGGGAGAGCAGGGAAUACUUCUGGAGCACAGAGAGAUCGAGUUUGGAGAUAAAGUCAACACUGAAGAUGUCAUCCGAGCUGCCAAAAGAAUUUCACAAGAACUUAAUUCUCUCUAGAGAAAUUAAUGCUGUCAGCGGAUAACAUUCUGUAAUAAUCAUGUUCAUCACCGUCAGACACCAAAAACAUAACUAACAUAUAAAACUGAUCAUAAAUGUUGUUAAAGUUCUGUGUGACAGAUUUAAUGUUUGUUGUGUUUUUGUGUGAGAAUCUGAUCUUUGUAAAUGCACGAUGUGAGUUUGUUGGUGUUCUGGUCUCAGGGAGAACCGGGAUGCAUGUUGGAGUAUGACUGUUUUGUACCAGGAUCUGAGUUUUUUAAUGAUGGUCUGUCUUUAAACUCGAGAGCGAGCAGACCUGAUGUCCAACACUCAGUUUCUUGUAUUACUCCGUGAUACCUCGUAUGUUAUCUUGGAAGCCAUGACACCUUCGACCAAUAAAACAAGGCUUUGUGCUCCACAGAUCUUUUGGAGAAA